AUGGUUCACCAACCUUACCUCUACAAUGCCGUUAGCCACGACCGCGAUGCCCGCUUCCCCGAGCCCAAGUUCGACCCCAAGGCUGUGACUCGAGCGAGUUGGGAACCGAAGCCGCGUAAACCGAAACCCGAAGGCCCUUUGGUCUCCUUCAACCGCCAUCCCGACCCAAGGAUGAAGAGUUGGAUCAGGUCCAUUCGUUUCGUUCAGCUGGGCCUGAGGGCCCUCGAGCUCAUCGGAGCCGCUGGGCUCUUUGCUCUGCUUAUUUUGCUGACCAACAUCGAAACUCUCGCUGGCUGGGUCAUGCGUAUUACGAGACCUGCUGGCGGUCGUAGUCCAGCCUCCUCCACCGCUUAUCAGCUGUUCGCCAGCAUCUCAGAUCUGGGCGUCAUGCCCUUGUACGCAUACGGUGCUCUGAAUGCUCACAGCAGCGGCGAUGUGUGGAAGAUGAGGCUGGCUGACCAGAGCCUGCUGGAAUAUUUCGUCCCUGCCGUCUUUUAUACCUUUAUUGGCGCUGGGGGCUUGCACCUGAUUUCCUUGUGUAUCUCCGUCUGGCUUGGCUUCAUGUUCCGUAAAAUCACGCAGAUGCCUCCGGACAUGAAUCCCCUAGAAGAUCAUCUCACCACCCGGGCCAAGCACAAGAAAAACAAAUCCAGCGUUGCGACGUCUGUGAGCGGCGAUAGCGAGAAGCGAAUGUCGACGCCUCUCGAGGACCGACGUCGAUCCGGCGCCCCAUACGAGGAUGUGUCUCGACCCCCGAGCAUCCCCUUCCAGCGGACGCGAGCCGGCUCGGAUGUUUCCAACUUCACCCGCGACUCCCGCACUGACUUGCCCUACCGCCAAUACCAGAUCUCCCCAGGAAACUCCCCACGCAACUCGGCAGCCGUCAGCGAAUACGCAAGCAUGUCCGCGCCUCGGUUCUCGCAUCGUGGUUCCUAUGCCGAAGUCCCGCUCCACGAAACGAAUGCCCAGCCAUCCAGACUGUCCACUCCCUCCGCCGCAGUACCGCAGUCUCCGGGUGAUCCUCGCAACACUGGCAAAUUUACAGAGACCUGGUUCGCAACGGACUCGCUGAUCUCACGCACGCAGAAGCGGAAUCGCGCCAUGGAUGCUGCGGCGAUCGCAGAGCAGAAGAGAAGAAGCAACAAAGCCUAUGAGGCGCUUGGCCAGCGUUACAAUGCAGACGAUUCCGACUCGGAGCGCGAUGAGAAUGACCUCGCUGGCAGCGACUUCGAGAAUGACCCCUCACCCAAACCCACUGGCAUCCAACCCCCACGCCACUCCCCGAGAGCCAAGACGCCGUAUUACUCUCUGGAAGACACGGCAUUGUCGGAGGUGGACCUCAACUCACGAAGGGUCAGCGGCACAAACGACAUCGCCGACGAGAGGCCUUCCUCGCUCGCUCCGAAGGCCUGGCCGCGCAACCGCGACAGCUCCAUCCAGCCCGAGUCCGAUUUUUACUCGAAGCCCUAUGGCGAGCUGAAGCCCGCGACGCCGCCCGUCAUGAUCGAAAGCAACCGUCAGGUGUCGUCCGGUAACGACUACGAGAAGAAACAGUACUCGUCGGCCUACGGACGACGCAACGUGAGCGGCAAGGUCGCCGAAGAAGGCUUUGCCGGGUCUAAAGGCGGUUACUCGCGCUACAGCGCGAUACGGGGAUGA